AUGGAAAAAAAUUAAAGUUUAAUUAAUAAAGUAUCACCAUUUGCUUCGAUAAGUGAGGGAUAAAAGUAUAUAAUCACUAAAAAUCUACCUUAAUUGAUUUAGAUAGUCUUGAAGGAUGCUGCUGAGUUUCAAUCAACUCAAAUAUAGAAAUUAAAGGCUCUGCAAUAAUUGAAGAUGAUCUGUUGCAUAGGUGACAUUGGAGAAUAUCUAACUCAAGUAUUUAAGUUGUUGGCCAAGAUUUAUAUGAAUGACGAUAAAUAUUAUUUGAAUGAAUGUAGAUAAAUAUGUUAUGUGAUUGGAUUAAAGGUACAAAUUGAUUAUUAUUUGCCAACAUUGAUAAACUAGGCGAGAUUCGAAUUGUAGGCUCAAUAAUCGAAAACAUUAUGCAAUCUGAUCAAUAUUAUAAGUGAGACGAUAGUGCAUGAGAAUGACAAUCUUGAUCUUCAGAGUUUGGUUCAUUUGAUUGGAGAUAUUGAGAGUGUCUAUUCUGAUUGUUGGGAAGUGAUGGAAUGCAUUUAUUACUUGGAAAAUCGAAUAAUAAGUUAAUCCUAACAGGAAUUACCAAUUUAUGUGAGACAAUUGUUCUAAGCACUUUUAACGAUCAGAUCAUUUAAUAAGUUGGAUUGUGAACCGUUGCUUCAUUCAUUGUCAACGAAGUGCGGAUACACAAGUGUAACUGAUUUGCAUGCAAAUGAAAUAAGUUUGAUUCUAGAACAAAUAGUAAAUUAAGAGCAUUUUAAGACUUGGAAACACAACACUAGAGAAUUCUUAAAAUUUAAGGCAAUCGUAACAGGAUGUGGAGAUGGAAUAUCUAAAUACAUGCAAUAGAUAAUAUAGAUAAUGAAAUACUCUUUGGGUGGUGACUAGGAAGUUGAAUUGCGUUUGGAAGUGCUUUUGUUAUUGGACAAAGUAGUAUAGAUAGAGUCAAUCAAAGACAGCAUAAGAAUGUAUGCAGCAGUAAUGAUUUCCUAAUUGUUAAUACAAUCAAUGGUUUGGAAAGCCAAUAAACCAACGGUGAAGGUGAGAAAGGCAGCUGUAAUAAUAACUCUGUAUUUGAGUGAGAUGCUGAGUUAGGAGGAAAUAUUGGAGUUGUUCCCAGCAUUGGCAGCUCCCUUGAAAUCAUGUAUGACUGAUGAUUGGGCACCUGAUUUGAGAUUUGCAUCAAGCAAAUUGGCUACAAGUUUAAUAAAGAAGUGUUAGAUUUUAAAUUAUGAAAUCAUAAGAGAUUUCUAUCCUUCUUUAUUGGAGAGAUUGGAUGACUCAUAAAAUCAAAUCAGAAUAGAGAUUACUUUUGCAAUUGCAGCAAUAAUGUAGUAGAAGUACGAUUCAACGACGAUAUUGGAAUACAUUGUAAAGGCGACAUUGAUUCAUUUGGACGAUUCAAGUGAAGAAGUGCAGAGGGCUGUUUUCGAGUGUCUUUUGAGAUGUCCAGAGAAAGGAGUUGUGUUGAAGGAGGCAGAAUUGGCAGUGAAGAAUUUCAAAUAUCCACGAUUGUGUUAGGAGUUGAUUAAAUUGGUGAGUUGA